AAGAAAUAGUUCGUUUGAUGCUCCGGGAGAUUAACCCGCCACAAUCCGGAAUGGAUGAAGACUUUGUUGCAUUCGAAAUAGAAUGGGCUUGCCAUUCAGCAGUGAAUCUGCCAAGUGAGAUUGGCCAUGGUAGUUUUAUUGAAGAACCAACAGAAAAGAUCACAGCGAGAGUGGAUUGGUCAGUGGGAAAACAUGGUAAAAGAAGGAUGACAUUACCUGUGCCACCAUUUGGAGUCACUUUUGGUAAUAGCAAUGGGGGUGAACCAAGACAGAAGUCAGUGAAAAUUGCAUGGAAGGUCACACCUGCAACACCUGAUGUCAAUACAACUGUAAAACUCCAAGAAAGUGAGCCGUCCUUUGACACUUUCAUUGAAGAGGAAAGCCAGCAUUGUCCUCUAUCUGAAAGACCAAGAAAGCCUUCAUUGAUCAACAGGAAUCGCAGUGAAGAAAUUCCAACUCAAAGGAAAGUUAGCGGCAUAAUACGAAUUGAGAACUCACAAUCAUGCCAUGAAGGAGACAGGAAUAGGGACAUGAGACACUAUAUGUGCCAUGAGAAGUGAACAUGCUGAAAGCAAACCUGAAGAGAUAAGACUGUACAUAGUAAAUUAGUAGUUAGUCGGAUAGAGUGAGUUAUAGUAAAGAGGGAGGGGAGGGUUAAAGUGAGUACUGGCAAAGGGCAGACUUGUAGUCUCAAGGCAUGAGGGUUGAAGUAUAUGUAACUGUACAGUGGGGAUGAUCUAACCAAUAAUAAGUGAAUUAAUA